AUGUCCGCCAAGCCACUGACAAAUGGAGGAGGACUUCCAGCGAUAACUGGUGAUAUUGAUCCCAACCAUGCGAUCCACAUCUUUCCACAGCUGCUUCAACCGUUGCGUUCCAGUAUCCUUUCAUAUGGUGCUUCGUUGGCCUCAACAUUGGUAGGGUACCCAAUGGAUACGGUUAAGGUGCGAAUGCAAACACAUAAACAUUUUACAAGUUACUUUGACUGCUUUUCGAAAACAUACCAUAGAGAAGGUUUAAAGGGGUUUUUCAGAGGAGUAUGGGCUCCAUUGAUAUCCACUUCAUUUUCCAAAUCAAUGAGCGUUUCAAUAUUUACAUGGACAAAGCCACAUGUCUACGAAUCAUUAUUUGGAAAAUGGAUAGAAGAUGAUCAAAGGAAUCCUCUAUGGAGAAAUGUCCCCGUGUGCUUUCUAUCAGGGCUCGUGGCCGGUGGAUGCGUUUCUAUAUUUGCAUGUCCGUUUGAAUUUAUGAAGGUUUUUGCACAAUUGGAAAAAUUGGUUCAAAACAAGGUCAUCUCAAGUGCAGAGGCAGCAAAACUAAAGUCGGCAUCCAAGUUGCGAGAUAUGUCUACUUUAAGGAUUGUACGCACAAUUGUAAAACAUGGUGGAUGGACUAGUCUAUACUCGGGGUUUCCACAACAUUUUCUUCGAGACUCGCUCUCGUCAGGUUUGUACUAUACAUUCUACGAGACAAUGAAAUACUCAAUUAAUGCAGCAAUGGACUCGACUUCGACCAUGACAAAAUCAUUAUCAGUAUUAAUUGCCGGUGGACUUUCCGGGGUCUUUAGCUGGAUAAUGAUUUUCCCUGUUGACACGGCAAAAUCAUUAGUGCAAAAGGAUGCAGUUGACAAGAUUGUGCGCAAGAGGUUUGGACUUGGAAGCGGGCUGCUAAAGCUUGCGAAUUUGUCUUCGCAGCAAAAAUCAUUUUACAGGGGGUUGGGUGUAUCGAUUGCAAGAUCUUUUGUCACCAAUCUGGUAUUCUUUGGUGUAUACGAAUUGGGAAUGACGUAUUUAGCAUAG